AACUAUGGCAGCUGAAGGGGAUGAAAACAGUUCAGUGAAUCUUGAACAGCAACAUCAACCAGAUUGGCCAAAUAACAUAUUCAUGAAAAGAAAGAUAUUCAACGAUCCGAUUCAUGGGACAAUGGAAAUACAUCCGGUAUGCGUGCGCAUAAUGGAUACGCCUCAGUUUCAGCGACUGAGACACAUCAAACAGCUAGACGCAUGCUACCUAGUAUAUCCUGGAGCAAGCCAUAAUAGGUUUGAACACUCAAUUGGGGUAAGUUAUCUGGCUGGAAAACUUUUAAAAACUAUCAAAGAACACCAACCAGAAGAAAACAUUACAGAGAGGGACAUUCUUUGUGUGGAAAUAGCAGGACUUUGUCAUGAUCUAGGCCAAGGACCGUUCUCGCAUGUGUUUGAAAAAAGGUUUAUGCCUGCGGUAGACAAAAGCAAGUAUUUUAAGCAUGAAGCCAUGGCAAGGAAAAUGUUUGAGGAUAUGUUGGACAGUAACGGUGGAGAACUUAAAAAGGACAUUCAGAAGAUUUUAGGAGAGUGCAACAUACCAGACUUUCAGGGGUUCGAAGAACAUGACUUUACUUUUAUCAAAGAAAUGAUCGAUGUACCUCCUGAGGAUAUUGAGAAAAGAAGCAUUGUAGCUAACAAGAGAAACGGAAUUGAUGUAGAUAGGUGGGACUAUCUAGCACGUGAUAGUCACAUGUUGGGUAUCAAGAUACAUUUCGACGGCAAUCGAUGUUUCGCUACUGCACGAGUUUUGAAAUGCAACGGUUUAGAGAGAACGUUUGCCAGGAAACAGAUAUGCUACAGGGAAAAAACAGAGAAGUUUAAUUUAGACCAGGUUAGGAAUGGCAUAAACAGGUAUUUACAAGGCGAAGACAAAUUCCCUGUUAAGGACCUGAUCGAAUAUGACGUUGUAAGAUUAGACUACGGAAUGAAAGACCGGAAUCCUUUGGAGGAAAUGCGAUUUUACACUAAGGAUAAGCCGAAUGAUGGAAUAAAAUUUGAGGGGAAACAAGUUUCUUACCUCUUACCCCAGACAUUCGAGGAAGUUAUCAUUCGUAUCUACUGUAAACCAAGGAUGGAAGAAAACGGAACAGAUGAACCGGAUCAGAGUGAUAUUGCAAAAAUCCGGGAAGCAGUUAACAAAUUGCAAAAGGAAUAUUGAUAACAUAGGAAAUAUAACAGUAUAUAAAAUACUGUAAACAUGUAGAUGGUUUCAGUCAAUUCAGUUAAAAGAACCUUUGCAUCAAAAAUGCUUAAUCCAUCAAUUCAACAAAAAUGAAUUAAAAAAUUUAAAAUGAAACAGGUAAGAAAAUCUUUAUAAAAAUCAAACCACCUCCAAUAAACAAACAACAACAAUGACCCAAUGCUUUCCAAAAAAUAUUUAGGGAGUUCUUUAUGAAAUUACACUCGGUAAUUGCACGUUUUAGCUAGAUCCUGUCCUAUAAUACUAAAAUUAGCUUUAUAAAAAAGUAAACAAUAGAGACAUGUACUCUGCGAUGAAAUAAUAUGGCAGCAUUAUUUAGGUGUAUUGAAUAAAAUUGAUAAAUACUUUUAAAGAUUUUAGUUUGAUUUGGUAAUGAGUUGCAUCUAAUAAUGUUUGUGAAGAAUACAACUACUGGUGUGCUUCUAUCGAAAUAAACAUUAGUUAAAUUAAACUUUUUUGUCAUAUUUUGGAAAAUAACCUGAAGCAAAAACUGAAAGGAAACAGCUUAGCGAUAUUUAAAUGUUAAGCUUGUAUAUGAUUCAUAUUUUUGAAUUUGUGAAUUGUAAUUUUGAAUGUACUCGAAACAUAUCAUAUUGUUUUGAUAACAAAAACAAAUAACUGUGAUAUCGAUAAUAAUCUACUUUGGCUUAAUAUAGAUUUGAUUAAUUUUAAAAUGAAUGUACUCACAUGCAUGUAUGAUUUUAUGACAAUUAUAUUAAAAUUAUGUGUAUAUCUUCAUAUAAUAUCUGACUAAUAUCUUGAUCUCUAAUAAGAUUUAUUGAUUUGUUGUUGAUAUCAACACAUUUUAACUGAUUCUUGCUUUUUA